AUGGCCUUCGCCGUGCUGCGGGCGGCGUCGGCGCACCGACGGCGACGGCGACGGGUCGGACGGCGGGCCGCGGGCGGGGCCCGGGGCGGGGGCGGGGCCCGGGGCGGGCCCGGGGUGCGGGGUCCGCAGCGCCAGGCGGCCAACGCGCGCGAGCGGGACCGGACCCAGAGCGUCAACACGGCCUUCUCGGCGCUGCGCAUGCUCAUCCCCACCGAGCCCGAGGACCGCCGCCUGUCCAAGGUGGAGACGCUGCGGCUGGCCGCCGGCUACAUCGCGCACCUGGCCAACGUGCUCCUCCUCCACGCGCGCCCGCCGCCGCCGACGCCGACGCCGCCGGGACCCCCGGGCCCCGCCCCCCCGCCCUGCGGGCGCGCCCUCCGCGGGCCCCGCGCCAUCUGCACCUUCUGCCUCAGCGACCAGCGCAGAGCCGGCGGGCGUCGAGACCCCUCCGGCGGCUGCUUCAAGGCCAGAGGAGCCCACCCCCACCGCGGACCGCGAAGAUGAGCCCCCCGACCCCCACCCCCCCCCGACGGCGGCGACGUUCAAGACACUGGGUGCUCGGCGCGGGGCUCGGCGCCCCCGCGGAGACGAGGCGGGGGCCGCUGGAUGAGACGUCCCCCGCGCCGGAACCGGCUCCGCGGGGCGGGGAAGGGUCCCCCGCCCCCCGGCAUGGCCUCCGGCCCCCCGCCAGCCGAGGGGGCGGCCGGCGCCGCUGUACUGAGCGACACGAGGACUGAGAUUUAUCGGACGGGCGGGCGGGCGGACGGGUUUUCUAUGUAGCAGAUGAGAAAUAAAAGUUAUUUUUGA